AUGGCGACCACCGCGAGCUCCGGCACUCCACAGCGUGCCACAAAUGCCGACUCGUCGCGCACGCCACCACCCCAGGCCCAGAAGUCCACCACCCCUCCAGGACCGCCUCAGAUGGCCUACAACCUGCGCAGCUUUGCGGACGAGGAGCAGGCAAGGAAGCUUGCGGUGCAGCUGGCUCCUGAUAUGUCGACGGACAACAAUGUAGAAAAUAUACGCAAGUACUUCACCGACAAAGAGUGGCAGGACCUGUCCGUUACCAAGAAGCUUCAUUACGCGAACCUAAAAGCGAACUACGACAUCAUGGUCAAGCUGGGUUUAAGGCCGCAAACACCACAGUUCCUGAAGUCAAAAUCCGCGCAGUAUUCGUCGCAGCUUCAUUCUGGAGCUGAGCAGCUCGUGGAAUCCAAGCAUGCGGUAUUCAAGUGCGACACAUGUGGUGCCUACCCGUGCUCUGCGGAGCACUUGGAGGGACACCCAAUGCAGCAAAAAGCGCAAAGGCCACAAGGGAGGCACAAAUGCAGCUACUGCUCUUACUCAACCAAUCACACGUACGGUGCCAACACUGCUGCCCACGAGAGGACCCACAUUGGUCAGAAACCAUUCGUAUGCUAUGUCUGCCAGAAGGGCUUCUCCCAAAGCAGCAGCCUUGGCCAGCACAUUAACAUUCACGGCCAAAUUAAGCCCUACGUGUGCGCAGACUGCGGCCGCGGCUUCAACGCUUCCUCCAACCUCGCACGCCACCGAAAACUGCAUUCGAACGCCAUGGAGGCGCACACGUGCUCGCUCUGCUACAAGAGCUUCAGCCGGAAAGACAACCUCAAGCGUCACCUUCUGUGCCACGCAGCAAGAGAAUGGCGUUCCCGGCUGUAG